AAACCUGCUUAAAUGAAAACAUCAGUUCAAACUCACCUACACAAGCAGAGAAAGAGCAAGCAAAGAUGAAGGAAAGGCAAAACAGUUCCUUCCUUACUGAAAUGGCGCUUCUGAAAAGCAAAAUGACGCUGACCCCAGAGGAGAGAAAGGAGGAGGUCAGAAGACAGAUGUACAUAGAGCUGAGAGCAAUGGAGAUGGAGCGCAGACAAAGAGUUGCUCAGGAGACUAUGGAGAAGUUCAAGAGGGAAAGAGAGGAGAGAGAAAAUGGUAGACAAAGUCUGCGGAGACAGACAGAAGAAAAUCAGGAGGAGAGGAUGAGGCACAAGGCCAAAAAGAGAGAGGAGGAGGAGAGGAAGGCAAAUGAACAAAAGGCCCUGGAGAAAACAAAACAAGACUUACUUCAGAAAGAAAGGCUUCGGUGGGAAAAGGUGAUGAUGGUGGAGGAGGAGCUGGUCAAAUGGCCCAGGUGUACUUCAAGUGCUCUGAAAAAAGAGCCGAGGCAAGACGAGGCUGAGCUCUGCUACCUGCCAAAGGUGGGAGACAAAACUGAUCGAGAGUUCCUGACCUCUGACCUGAAGGUUAAAAAGAAAACUCUGCACAACAACUGGGUUGGAGAGCAAAAGCCUCACAGUGAGCCCUUCAAAGAGAAGUUCCACUCAAAAAACUCCACCUAUCUCCUCUUUGCUGCAAAACCAGGCCCCAAGCCUAAAGAAAAAACAGAAACACCCAAAUUCACUGAGACCCUGCUGAAGGUUGGACACUGGGUUGAUAAGUACCGGCACCACAGAGAGAUGAAGAAUGAGAAGCGCAGGCUCAAAGCAGAGGAGCAAUAUGCAAGAUGGACUGCCUUCAAGAUGAGCCAAGCAGGCCAGUUUCCCCGGCAGUAUGACUGUUAUACUCAGGGAUUCGCUACAAGCAGAAACAACAUUCUGAAAUCCAUUUUUUAAUUUACUGUGUUUACUCUGCUUAUUUGUUUUUGUGACUUAAGAUAAUAAAAAUGUGUUGAAAUGAAAA